AGGUCUGCAGUAUCAAAUAGAUCUGCUAUUAGAUUUUUUUAAGGUAGACCCCAGUUGCUUCAUGGAAGAUGGUUUUACAACGAAGUCUAUGCAUUGUACUGAAAACUAUAUGAAGAAGGUUACAGAUUGACAAACUGUAUUGGCAUUUUCAUGUCAGCAGCUGUCAAAGAAGGCAGAAUGCGGAGUGCAUUUUGGAGGGGAAAAAAAGCAGCAAUCAGGGACUGCUGCACAAGUGGAACACGGCAGGUUUGUCGUGUUAAUCUCCAAAAGAACCUCCUGCAUUUACAUGGUAACAGAGACUUCAGAUCAGAGAAGAUGGCAGUGUGGAUCCAAGCCCAGCAGCUGCAGGGGGAGGCCUUGCACCAGAUGCAGUCUCUGUAUGGCCAGCACUUUCCCAUAGAAGUUCGUCAUUACCUCUCGCAGUGGAUUGAGGGUCAGACAUGGGACUCGAUCGAUCUGGAAAACCCCCAGGAAGAAUUUCGAGCAAAACGUCUGCUGGAGAGUUUGGUGCAGGAGCUGCAAAACAAAGCCGAACAUCAAGUUGGGGAGGAUGGUUUUCUACUGAAAAUCAAACUAGGGCACUACGCCAGUCAACUGAAGAGCACCUAUGACCGAUGUCCAUUGGAGCUGGUUAGAUGUAUAAAACACAUUCUGUACACCGAGCAGAGACUUGUGCGGGAAGCAACUGAUUCUAGCUCCCCUGGUGGAGGCUUGCUAGACAGCAUGUCUCAGAAGCACCUCCAGAUCAACCAGUCCUUCGAGGAGCUGCGUAUGAUGACCCAGGACACUGAGAAUGACCUGCGCAAGCUGCAGCACAACCAGGAGUACUUCAUCAUCCAGUACCAGGAGAGCUUGCGCAUACAGGCUCAGCUGUCCAGCCUGACUAAUCUCCCACCCGCUGACCGUCUCUUGAGAGAACCCGCUCUGCAGACCAAAAGAGCCACUGUGGAGGCCUGGUUAACGAGGGAAGCUAAUACACUACAGAAAUACAGACUGGAUCUAGCUGAGAAGCACCAGAAGACACUGCAGUUGCUCCACAAGCAGCAGACCAUCAUCCUGGACGACGAGCUCAUCCAGUGGAAGCGGCGGCAGCAGCUGUCAGGCAACGGGGGACCUCCUGAGGGAGGCCUGGAUGUGGUGCAGUCCUGGUGUGAGAAACUGGCAGAGAUAAACUGGCAGAACCGACAGCAGAUCAGGAGAGCAGAACAUCUCCGACAGCAGCUGCCCAUUCCAGGCCCAAUAGAAGAGUUACUCACCGAUCUCAACAAGCAUAUCACAGACAUUAUAUCCGCGCUCGUGACAAGCACCUUUAUUAUUGAGAAGCAGCCCCCCCAGGUGUUGAAAACGCAGACGAAGUUUGCCGCUACAGUGCGCUUGCUGGUUGGGGGGAAGUUGAAUGUCCACAUGAACCCGCCUCAGGUGAAAGCCACGAUAAUCAGCGAGCAGCAAGCCAAGACCCUCUUGAAAAAAGAGAACACCAGGAAUGACAGUAGUGGAGAGAUCCUAAACAAUAACUGUGUAAUGGAAUAUCACCAAGCCACAGGAACCCUGAGUGCCCACUUUAGAAACAUGUCCUUAAAAAGGAUCAAGCGCUCAGAUCGGCGAGGGGCAGAGUCGGUAACAGAAGAGAAGUUCACAAUCCUGUUCGAGUCACAGUUUAGCGUCGGUGGAAAUGAACUAAUGUUUCAAGUAAAGACGUUAUCACUCCCUGUAGUAGUGAUAGUUCAUGGAAGCCAAGACAACAAUGCCACUGCCACGGUUCUCUGGGAUAAUGCAUUUGCUGAGCCAGGAAGGGUGCCGUUCUCAGUUCCUGACAAAGUGCUUUGGCCGCAGCUCUGUGAGGCUCUCAACAUGAAGCUCAAGGCAGAAAUGCAGAGUAGCAGGGGCCUGUCGGAGGAGAAUCUGGUGUUCCUGGCACAGAAAGCUUUCAGCAGCUCCAGCAUCAACCCGGAGGAGUACCGCAGCUUGACCAUGACCUGGUCACAGUUCAAUAGGGAAAGUUUACCUGGCCGGAACUUCACAUUUUGGCAGUGGUUUGAUGGUGUUAUGGAGCUCACAAAAAAGCACCUGAAGCCUCAUUGGAACGAUGGGGCUAUCCUGGGGUUUGUGAACAAGCAGCAGGCGCAGGACAUGCUCAUGUCGAAGCCGAACGGCACGUUUCUGCUGCGCUUCAGCGACUCAGAGAUUGGAGGCAUAACGAUUGCCUGGGUGGCGGACAAUCCCAAUAAAGCCGGGGAGAGGAUGGUCUGGAAUUUAAUGCCGUACACAACCAAAGAUUUCUCUAUCCGAUCUUUAGCUGACCGCAUUAGUGAUCUGAACCACCUGCUGUUUCUGUAUCCCGACAGACCGAAAGAUGAAGUUUUCUCAAAAUACUACACCCCUCCUCUGUCUAAAGCAGUGGAUGGAUACGUAAAGCCACAGAUCAAACAAGUAGUACCAGAGUUUGCCACAGCCUCUUCAGAUUCUACAGGUGGAAAUCAAGCAUUCAUGGAUCACGCUUCGUCACCUGCUGUAAGCCAUUCACACGCAUAUGGAAUGUAUCCGCCAAGCGCUGAUUCAAUGCUGGAUGGAGAUGGGGAUUUUGACCUGGAUGACACAAUGGAUGUAGCGAGACAUGUGGAAGAGCUGCUGCGUAGACCAAUGGAAAGUCAGUGGAUCGGAAACAACCAGUCGUGACCCCAUAGCCUCUCCUAAAGAAAACCAGAUAGAUUUUCUGAUGGUUUAAUUCCAUUUUUUUUUUUUUAUUUUAAAACAAUUUGAAAUGUUAAUCCUUUUUUUUUUUUUGUUUUUUUUUUGAGCACA